GAACCUGGGUCUUCUGCGUGCAAGCAACGCGCGAUGACCACGUGGAGCCUCCGGCGGAGGCCCAGCCGCACACUCGGACUCCUGCUGCUGGUUAUCUUGAGCUUUCUGGUGCUCCGCAGGUUGGACUGGAGCACUCUCAUUCCUCCAUGGCUCCGGCAUCGGCAGUUGGGGCUGCAAGCCAAAGGGCAGAACUUCAUGCUGGAGGACUCCACCUUCUGGAUCUUCGGGGGCUCCAUACACUAUUUCCGUGUACCUAAGGAAUACUGGAGGGACCGCUUGCUUAAGAUGAGAGCCUGUGGCUUGAAUACCCUCACCACUUAUGUUCCAUGGAACCUCCAUGAGCCAGAAAGAGGCAAAUUCAACUUCUCUGGGAACCUGGACCUUGAGGCUUUUAUCUUGAUGGCUGCAGAGAUUGGGCUGUGGGUGAUUCUGCGACCAGGCCCCUACAUCUGCAGUGAGAUCGACCUCGGGGGCUUGCCCAGCUGGCUACUCCAAGAUCCUAGCAUGAAGCUGAGAACAACUUACAAGGGCUUCACAGAAGCAGUAGACCUCUACUUUGAUCACCUGAUGUCCAGGGUAGUCCCACUCCAGUACAAGCACGGAGGACCCAUCAUUGCUGUGCAAGUGGAGAAUGAAUAUGGUUCUUAUAACAAAGACCCUGCCUACAUGCCUUACAUCAAGAAGGCCUUGGAGAACCGUGGUAUCAUAGAGCUGCUCUUCACUUCAGACAACAAGGAUGGCUUGAUGAAGGGAGUGGUCCAGGGAGUGCUGGCCACCAUCAACUUACAGUCACAAAACGAGCUGCAGUUACUGACUACCUUUCUCUUAAGCGUGCAGGGUAUUCAGCCCAAAAUGGUGACAGAGUACUGGACGGGGUGGUUCGACUCAUGGGGAGGCCCACACAAUAUCCUGGAUUCCUCUGAGGUUUUAGAGACAGUGUCUGCCAUCAUCGAUGCCGGCUCCUCCAUCAACCUCUACAUGUUCCACGGAGGCACCAAUUUUGGCUUCAUCAAUGGAGCCAUGCAUUUUCAUGAAUAUAAGUCCGAUGUCACCAGCUAUGACUACGAUGCUGUGUUGACGGAGGCCGGAGAUUACACUGCAAAGUACUCCAAGCUUCGAGAUUUCUUCGGCUCCUUCUCAGGUGCCCCUCUUCCUCCCCCACCAGAGCUUCUUCCCAAGAUGUCCUACGAGCCAGUGAUGCCCUCUUUCUACUUGUCACUAUGGGAUGCCCUUAAAUACAUGGGGGAGCCAAUCAAGUCUGAAAACCCGAUCAACAUGGAGAACCUGCCAGUAAAUGAUGGGAAUGGACAGGCCUUUGGGUACAUUCUGUAUGAGACCACCAUCACCACAUCCGGUAUCCUCAGCGGUGUUGCGUAUGAUCGGGGGCAGGUAUUUGUGAACACAGUGUCUGUUGGCUUCUUGGACUAUAAAACGACGAAGAUUACUAUCCCCUUGAUCCAGGGUUACACCGUGCUGAGGAUCUUGGUGGAGAAUCGUGGGCGAGUCAAUUAUGGAAAUAAUAUUGAUGACCAGCGCAAAGGCUUAAUUGGGAAUCUCUAUCUGAAUAAUUCUCCCUUGAAGAACUUCAGAAUCUAUAGCCUGGAUAUGAAAAAGAACUUCUUUCAGAGGUUGGACAUCAACAAAUGGGACACUCUCCCACAAACUCCUACAUACCCUGCAUUCUUCUUGGGUGGCUUGUCGGUUGGCCUUUCCCCUUUGGACACGUUCCUGAAGAUGGAGGGCUGGGAGAAGGGGGUUGUAUUCAUUAAUGGCCAAAACCUUGGACGUUACUGGAACAUUGGACCCCAGGAGACCCUCUACCUCCCAGGUGUCUGGCUGAAGAAAGGAAUCAACCAGGUCAUCAUUUUUGAGGAGAUGACGGCAGGCCCUGUGGUCCAGUCCACUGACACCCCCCACCUGGGCAGGAACCAGUACGUUCACUGAGCAGAAGUCUCCAGUCCCUCCUGCCCUGCUCUACAGAAGAGCCUCUUUAAGUAACCACUUCAGGGAGCCAAGAACUACAGCCAGCCCCCCACCUGGGUGACUGAAGAGAAAGGUGGGGUGGCCUACGAUGGAGGACUUCCUCAUAUCUAGAUGAUUCUCAGUCUGGCAUGAUGGAUCGCACCUUUUGCUGCUUCCCUGAUCUUCCAGGGAGGCUGGAUGGAUGUCUCUGAGAGGAUGGGCGUGUUUAGUCAGAUCACCAAGGUGGGUAGGGAGGGAGUACCUGAGGCUCUCAGAAAAGGUGCUGAAGCUGGGUAGGUGGCACCCUGCUCUGAAAGUUGAUGCCUUGCUGGCUGCAUGCUGGACACAGGUAGGCUUUCCAGCAGGGUGUGGCUGUGGCUACCAUAGCCUCUUUUGCUCCUGAAAUUGUGCACUUGGCACUAUUUGUAGAAGAUAGAGAAGUGGGUGUCUCUCACCCUGGUUGACUUUACUCAUUCUUCAUCACACACUGGGAUCCUGGAAGAAACUCCACUUGAGAAACACGUGCUUUCUCCUCAUUCCCUUCUCAGUGUAUCUGGUAGGAGGACAAACUGAGCUUAAGAGAAACAAAAAUACUCAGGCACUUAUUUUCUGAAUUAGAGCAUUUGCAUUUGUACUCAACGAGGAGGAAUACUAAUUGAGGACGGAUUGUGGGUACCAGAAGAAACCACUCCACAUCAGUACUUUGGGAGGGAAAAUCCCAGAUAAGUGGUAUUGGACAGAUGGUGUCUAUCUUAGAAGUUUAGAGUAGCCACGAGGCCUACAGGCUCAGCUCAGGCCUUGCCUGCAGCUCAAUGGACUCUUUUCUUGGUGACCAAGCAACAGGGAGGAGAGCUAGCCUUCUGUCUGAAUGUCCAAACUGGAGGCUCUUACUUUAGAGAUUCAGUGGUUUGUCUCAGGUUUGCUGUCUUGA